AUGGCAAGUCCAGUAGUGGUUUUCAUCACCGGUGUAAGCAAAGGAAUCGGAGCGAGUCUAGCUCGCAUCUAUCUCAAUCGACCGAACCACACCGUGAUUGGGAGCAUCCGCGACGACACCACAGCUGAAGUCGCCGAGCUCAAGUCAUUCCCCACGGCGAAUGGCACCAAGCUCCUCCUUGUCCACAUCGACAGCGGGUCUCUCGACGAUCCCAAGAAAGCACUGACCAAGAUCCAACAAGCCGGCAUCGACCAUAUCGAUGUGGUGAUCGCAAACGCGGGCGGCUACCCAACCCCGGUGGCCCUCGAUAGCGUCGAGCGUAGGGACCUGAUGAUCUGUUUCGAGGUCAAUGCCGCGGCGCCGUUGCUGCUAUUUCAGACCUUCAAGCCCCUACUCCAGAAGGCGCGCGAGCCAAAGUGGAUUGCUAUCUCUACGACCGCCGGUUCUGUUGGCUACAUUGGUGUUAUUGGGUCGCAUAUUCUCCCGGCCUACGGAGCCUCCAAGGCUGCAUUGAACUGGCUUACACAGUCAAUCCACUUCACCAACGAAUGGCUCACGGUCGUUGCCGUGCAUCCUGGUCUUGUCCAAACCAAUCCAGGUAACUGGGUUGCCCGCAAGGUGGGCCUUGAACAGGCCCCGACAACUAUUGAAGAGAGUUCGUCCAGCAUUGUCAAGGUGGUCGACGGUGCUACGCGCAAGGAUACCUCUGGGAAGUUUAUCGACGCCUUGGAGGGAACAGAACUACUUUGGUAA